AUGCAGACGCCUCCUCGUACGACCAGAAGCUCAGUACUCGGGAAGCGAGGCCAGCUUCAUGUAGAUUCGUCGUCAUCGUCGUCGUCGUCGACGGCGGACACCGACGAUGUGUCGACUGAGGCAAAAUUUUUAACGCCCGAUAGCACCCCUUGUGCCAAACGUGCGAGGACCUCUUUAACCCUCCUCGAUGGUGAAGGGAACAAAGAAAAUGUCCCACCUUUUCGUUGUGAUGCUGUCGUCGAAUCUCCGGGAGGUGGCAGGGUUACCAGAGCCUUACGGCGCACUAGUACAGAACUCACGACUCCAACACGAUCCCGGCAGACUCCUCGCCGACGUGCGUCGACGUCGAGUUUGCAAAUACCCAACACUCCGUCCACCGCAAUGUCGCACCUGGCCCUGCAGACCCCACCACGAACUCCCUCUCUUCAACUCCCUCUCCAUGCUCGUGCUCGUGCUCUGUUGCGUGCCACAUGCAAUAGCAAUGCCAACAUCGCUGGCCGUAGCGCCGAACGUGAAAUGAUCCGAAACUUCGCGACGGCUUUCUUCGCGGCAACUCCGAAGCCGGAGGAUCUCGUAAAUCCCGUGCUGUAUAUUUCUGGCUCCCCUGGCUGUGGUAAGACUGCUCUUGUCACUGCCGUCCUCAACGAUCUCGAGGUCGAGAUGUUUGAGCAUGGUGUCAACGUCAUCUUCAUCAACUGCAUGGCCUUCAAUAGCCUGGAGUCCGUGUGGGAACGAUUAUUGCAAGAGCUUGGGGGCUCCCUCCCUCGCGGCAAGAAAUCUCGCCAUUGCGUUGAAAACAUUCUUGCGCGCCGCAAUUCCAAAUGCAUUCUCGUCUUGGAUGAAAUGGACCACGUUGCCACGUCUUCACAUGCUCUGAUCUCCCUCUUUUCUCUUGCCGAAGAUCAUCCAUCCACCCUACGUAUCAUCGGCAUUGCGAACACUCAUACCCUUACUUCGUCAGCCUCUCAGCUCUCGAUGCAUGGCAUCACCGGUGUCAAGACCGUUCACUUUGCGGCCUAUCAGCCCGCGCAACUGCUGCAGAUCAUACAAGCUCGCUUGCAACCCUUGGCAGAACAGGACUUGGCUAUCUCAGAGGAUAUCGUCCGAAAAUUCCUUCCCCUUCCUUCAUUGACUCUCCUGUCGAAAAAGAUCGCCUCACAGACAGGUGAUGUCCGUGCUAUAUUCGAGGUUCUUCGAGGCGCGAUCGACCAAGCCGUGGUCGAGGCCUCCGUUUCCGCUCGUGUAGCGGAUUACGUUGCACCGACCGUUACUCCUUCGCAUAUCCUCUCCGCCCUCAAAGCCUAUGCUCCUUCAUCUAAGGUUGGUUCCGUGCCUGCUAUGUCGGGUUCUUCCACCAAGACGUCGAGCAACAGCGAAGUCGUUAUGAAGGUCCGAAAUCUCGGCCUCCAGGCUCGCCUUGCUCUUCUCGCCCUCCUUCUGGCAUGUAAACGUGUAGAGGCAGCCCUCACUCUGUCUGGUCCCAAUACGUCACCUUACCGUACCCCUCCCCGAUCCCCAACCAAGCGCUCGAAUUCUUCCAACAAACUCUCCUCAUCCCCGUCGCCUACACCUCGUUCAGGGAGCUCAUUCAUCGACACAACCCAUCUCCACUCUUUCUAUUCGGCCAUUCUCACUCGUGGAGAGGCUGAUGUGUUUAAGCCCGUCUCUCGUAGCGAGUUCUGUGACCUGGCGGGGAUGCUGGAGACAGUAGGCCUUGUCUCGCUUUCGUCGUCGUCUGGUCCUUCAUCACCGACCAAGGGGAGAAAGCUUGCUCGCAGUUCGUCUUUUGGUGGUGGCAGCAAGGGCUUGAAGGCCCAAGACAUCAAGUUCGUGGAAGGAGUUAGGGCCGAUGAAGUCCUUCGCGGCCUAGGCAUCGAAUUCGGGCCCCAAUCGACGUCUAUGCCAGUCGACGUAAAGGAGGAAGAGAUCUCCGCCCUCUGGCAUCGCGAGAUGUCGAAAAUCAAAAAGGAGUCUAGUGUUCAGCAGAGCAAAAUCACUAUUGUCUCGGUAAGUCCGGCAUUUGACGGUUCUAUGGAAGAUUAG